AGGACAUUUUGUGGAAAAGGGCUCAGAUGCUCUUUCAAAAACUCAAGGUGGGCAGCACCGCAGCCCCGGCAGCGGGGGACAUCGUCACGACGACGGAGACCGACUACAGAGACGACGAGGAGGAAGGCCUGCACGAAUGGCUGCAGCAGAACGUCAACGAAAGCAUCAAAAUCGGAAACGACAACGACUACUACCGCGAGGCCAAGGCGGCGCCCUCGAGCUGCCCACAAAGCCUGCGCAAAAGGGUGAUGGCGACCGCGGAGUUGCGUGGACUGUUCCAGUUUGACCUGCCUGUGCUGCUGUGGAAGAGCCACCUCAACUUCAACGAGUGGCAGAGACUCACCAAGUACCGCCUCCCCUACGGCUGGAGAGGCAUGAACUGGACCGACAUGGUGGAUGCUAUGGAAUCCCUCGGCGCACCGGAAAACCGAGAGCUCUUCGACGACCGCAUGGGGAAGGCGAGCGGGAGGUGCGUGCGCUGCGCUGUCGUGGGGAACGGAGGAAUCCUCCGCGGGGCCGGCAUGGGGAAGGAAAUCGAUGCUCACGACUACGUGUUCAGGAUGAACGGAGCCAUCACCGACGGAUUUGAGAGUGACGUUGGCACGAGAACUUCGUUCUACUUUUUCUCCACAAACACGAUGAAGAACUCGCGGCUCGCCUACCAGGAGUUUGGCUUUGAGCAUCCUUCGUGGUCCCCGGAGACGCGCUACAUCUUCAUCCCUUGCGGCUACCAGGACUACUACAUGGUGACUGCUGCAGCGAGGGGAAUCCUCGUCCACAAAGGGGAAGACAAGAAUGACCGGCCUUGGAAAUACUUUGGAAAAGAGAAUGUUGCAAAGAAGAUUAAAAUGCUUCAUCCGGAUUUUCUACGGUAUUUGAAAAACAAUUUCCUGCCUUCGGGGAUCCUUCAAACGGACUUCAGAAACCUCUACAGGCCCAGCACAGGCGCCAUAGCUCUGCUAACCGCUCUGCACACGUGUGACGAGGUCUCUGCAUAUGGCUUCAUUACCAGCAACUUCAGGAAAUUUCCAGACCAUUAUUUUGACAAAAAACAGAAGCUUGUCUUUUAUGUCAACCACGAUCUAUCCCUCGAGAAGAAAUUAUGGAAAAAGCUAAAUGACCUGGACAUCAUGAAGCUUUACCGGCGGAAAAUGGUCUAGGUUCAGCGAUGGAUUGGUGUUGGUUUGGCAUGCUGCCGCUGUGCCAUGAACUGUAGAUCCCCAUUCUCUAUCCAAAGCAAUGGUCACACUUGUUCCUGUGGAAUACCUCACUUCAUAUAUUGUUUUUUAUUUACUGUGGAGAAAAUAAAAAAAGUACAUAGCACCCACCCAUCACACAGACACGUGGUGAGUUGCAAAACGGCGGUGUCCCACAGUAUCCACUUGACACGAUCCAUCACAAUGUUGUGUGAAACCUCAUGCAGUGCUGUAGUGGAGCAUUGUGGGUAAACGGUACAUUAAAUAGGUCAGCUUCUGUUCCCUAUCUGAACACACAACAUAUUUUUUAUUUGUGUAUAUAUCGGCCUUCCAGACGACUUGUAACAAUACGGUUUUAUGAUAGAGGUCAUACCGUAACGUAAGCCUCUAAUGCGCUCUUGCGAGCUUCUGGUUAUGAUGUAGUAAAGCAAGUAAAAAUGUAAUGGAUAAAUUGUCGAGUGUAUACCCCCAGUAACUAGUCACUGUGAAAGUCUAGCAUUGGUGACCCAUCUGAUACCGAGUGGCAUUGAUGCUGAAUAAUGUUUUACCCAUUCAUUAUUUACCAGUUCCCGUUUGAGGAAAUAAUUAUCUUAAGUGGCCUUAUAUCCGGCUGUAGUCAUUAUGGCGAGCAGAUUUUGUAUGCAGUGAAAAUGACAUUUGCCGUUUAAAAUUUGGAGUAAGUUGAGUGGAUCGAAGUGUUUGUCGCACCAAUCGCCAAGGCACUGUACCAUACUUCGCAGAAUUUGUAUAAUUUUCUGAUUAGGAGAGACAUGGCCGGACAAGGGUUCGGUUUUUGAUACUACUGUACUAUAAAAUCACUGUUCUAUAAAUCAAAUAUUUAAUUUUGUAUACAUUGAAAUCGCUGCCAGCUUUGCGGCCCUUUGGAGCACUGAGAGCCAUAUAUGUGUCACACCAACCACUGAACACCUCCACCACCACCUGAGUGGAAAAUCUAGUACAGCCUAUGCUCGUUCAAAGGACUGUAUAAUUACACUUUUGUAAUGUUGACAUGAUUAUUAAACCGGUGUGCAUGGCAACGCAGCGGUCCAGUGUCGCGGGUGCUCUCCUCAUCCCCCUGUGGCGCUCUCCACAGACAGCGGUACCGCCACUUGUCUGCGGAGAAAAUGUCGUGGAGAAUGAGAGUACAUUCGCACGUGACUCCGCGCGUUUUAGAACAUCGCGGGUAAUUGGAAGCAUCUAAUAACGUUGGGAAUAUUUGCGGGAUGGCAGCGGAUAAUGGGUAAUAGGUUAACGGAUAAGGAGUUGUGUUAUUCACGUUAUGUUGCGCGUGCUUGUAUUGGUUUUACAGGGUAUAAGAUGUGUGCGAGUGGCUGUAUAAAUGUGACAUCGUGUACUGUUAAGACAUGGGGUGAAAUUCCAGUAAUGUGUCGGGUUCUUGGCUGGUCAAAGCAGUGACUUGAUGUGUGUGUGUACCUGCUGAAUUCAAACGUGUUUUUUUUUUAUAAAAAUGUUGGUCUCUUCGUGCUCCUUUAAAAUGUUGAAUUUAGAAGCAAGGUUCUGUGUUGUUGUGAUCUGAAUGUAUUUAGAGGGACUGGGCGUUGUUGCGCGGCGCAUGCCAAAUUGAGGUCCUUCAACAAUGUUGGCUCGUUUGUUGGCGAGCUGCGAUUGGCUGGAAUGCCGAUGGAAGCGUCGAUUAACCAAUGAAAGUCGUUUGUUAAGUUCACUGUGCAUUAAUCGAUUAUAAGAGUUAUUACACGUGUAACAUUUGUGGAAAUUGCAUCCAAGCGAAUGUUACAUUUCGGGUAAUGGAGCAAACAGAAUUGCACAAACCAGUCAACUUGGACGAAGCGUUGAUUCUUGCUUCGGCCCCCUGCACUGUGACGAGGCAAUUGAAUGACUGGGUGGGGUAGGGCACACCCAUAGUGCAUUGUUAUAGAAGCCUCCGAGUGAGUUUAAAUGAUAAAUGAAUGGCAUUAGUGCAAAGGAGGGUGAAAUAAUGCAUGACAAUGAAACAUUCACGAGGUGUUUGUCCUGAUCGUUAAAACGGCUCGCAGCGGGGUACAACACCGUGUGUAUCGAGACUGAUGUCGAGUUUUUUCGGUGCUUUUUUUAACGUCAGAAUCGACCGUUUUGUUAAGGAUAGAAGGCGAUUGGUGAAUUGAUAUUAACAUUGUCCAACAGAGUAGAGUCGUUCAAAUGAACCACAGCUGUAGACAAUCUUAAUGUCAGAUGUUUUUGCUUUGUUAACUGAUGUUAUUCCAAAAGGAAUGUUUACAGAAUGCUGUAUUUUAAUGCAUGCGUUCAUGAGCCUUUCCAGAAAACCAAAAGACCGUUUUCUGUUGAUGGUCCUGGAAUUUCAAAUAUUUUAAUAUGUCAGUGCUGUAAAUUGCAUAAGCAAGGGUGCACUAAACCCACUGUGUCUCAUGGGUUUACACCGUUCUCGUACAACCCGUUAUGACUUUCGGAGAAGCAAACAAUCGAUUUACUCUGCCGCUGUCUUGGGUAAUUACUCGACGUGUAAUGAUUCAUCCACGCACCUCCGAUUAGCACGGUUGGCUACGUUUGGUGAAACAAGUUUAUCACACGUACAAGUGUAAACGUAUCAAUUCUCCUGCACAGUAGUGUUGUGUGUGUACAUUAUGAGCAAAUCUCACAGUAAUUGGGGAGUAAUAUUGCAGAUCCUGUUAUCCACGAAUUUACAAAAAAAAAUCCCCGGAGGAAAAUGAUUUGUGGAUAUUUGCGGAAUUUUCCACACGACUCAAGUGCACAAACAUAAAAUGCGCGCAUAAUGGGAAGGGGUUCCACAGUGAGCCUUGGGGUGUAAAUCGUGGAUACGUGGAAGAAUAGCGCUGCCGAUUUAGAAGAUUGCACGUCCCAGAGUUUCCACGGACAAUCGGAGUUGUGGGUAGCAUGGUGACGCAUACGAUGAGUUUUGUAAAUGAGAAACUUUGGAUUGAAUCAUGAACUUGAGGGAAGUGGUGAAUUGUUACAUGCUCAUUAAGGUGUACAUGAAUUGUGGUUAGAAAAAUACAGUACAAAUAAAAUCUGUUUUCGUCAUUUUGUUCUUUUCUUUGAACCUAUCUACGUGACUUUACCGAAAGACCCCAGAAUAUAAAUAAAAUACGAAUUGAAAAUGGCAUGACACUGAAAGAUUUCUGGAUUGCCGUUGCAUCGUGGUUCACGAGCUUUCAGUGCCGGUCAUUGUUUUGUAUUUUUAAGUACUGUACGUUUGAAUUGCUUAUCGACGGCGUAUCCACAUUGUGAAAGUGGUUCUGUACAUGUUCUCUUUGAUGGUGUACUGUAGUAGAUAACAGUUGGAAACUGGCAAGCGAUAAGGACAGGUUUGUAAAUACUGAACCAGUGAUGUUCUAAGCCCCCCCACUUAACUUUCAUUGCCACAGGCAUUCCAACAAACGGCGCGUUGUGCAAUUGCUUCUGCUUUCCAUGCAGCUCAAACAAAUACGAUGUGGAGGGGGGGGGGGGGGGCUUCAUCUAGUAGUGGAUUGACGAGUCGUUCACCUCUUUAUGCACCAGCACUCGUUGCAGUAGUGUGGAGUGUGAGCCGCCUCUGGACUAUUUUUCAGCCUUCAUCUUCCCCACUUGCCUGGGCUUGUGAAACGCAGUUGCCUAAUUGUGUGGUACACUAAUGAGGAAUGAAGGACGGUGCGACACCAACCCUGAUUCUGAUAGCACUUCACCAAGUCAUGGCGCUCAUUUGUAUGCAAACUGAUGUAUACGCUGAGUAGAUGGAGCAAAUCCGAGGUCGUGUUUGUAUCACACGAUGGUGGUGUUUGAUGAAGGCCAUGGUGAUUUGGCGGCGGCGGUGGUGAUGCUGCGCAUUUUACACCUGGAAAAAUUUACUUCCUGUGGGAAAAUGUCCGGUGUGGGUUUUUCACGUGGACAGUCAAGUCUGUCGCAAAUGUUGACAGUUUCCGGAGAAUCCCACGAAUAGAAAAUGUGUCGUCUUAAACUGAAUCGUACGUAAACAUUUUAGAUAAAAUGAUUUAAGUAGUUAUCAUGUGUAAAUAUUGUACAAUUAUUAAUGGGUUAAAUUUAACAAAAAAAUAAAGUU